GUGCUUCCUUUUCCGUUUGGCUUUACCCUGAAGAUCCAAGAUGGUACAGCGACUAACCUAUCGACGACGGUUGUCAUACAACACAAAAAGUAACAGGAGACGCGUGGUUCGUACUCCUGGAGGAAAAUUAGUAUAUCAGUACCUUAAGAAACCGAAGAAGAUCCCCAGAUGUGGUCAGUGCAAAGACAAAUUGAGGGGUAUUCAGCCGGCUAGGCCUAUGGAAAGGUCGCGAAUGUGCAGACGCAAAAAGACUGUUAAACGCGUAUAUGGUGGUGUUCUCUGUCACAAAUGCGUCAAGGAAAGGAUCGUCCGUGCUUUCCUCAUUGAGGAACAGAAGAUCGUUGUUAAGGUGAUGAAAGCACAAGCGUCUGCAAAGCCGAAGAAGGCAGAAAAAUAA